GGGCUCGAGAGUAAGUCACGACGACACGCUUGACAUUCUAACACUAAUUAUGGAAUGGCCACUACAACUCCUCUAGGAGCGCGGUGCCAAGGGCAGGGCGAGAUUACUAGCUCUCUCACAAAUCCAAUCCGUUUGCCAUUUCAACUCAAUGCCAACACCAAGGCCUCGGUCGUCCACUUUCUCGGAGCUCAAGCAUAUAACCUACCGGCUUUCCCACUCGAGUCUUUCCUUUCUUCACUACUCUCCUUCAAUUAAAGUGACAUAUUUGCACUCCCAUUCUUCCCUUUUUCUCCCCGUUUCAGACUUUCAUAUAUCUUUUUCACCAAUUAAUGAAAAUGCGCUCAUUCAUUCUUCCUCUGUUCUUUCUAUCGGCCUCUUUGCCUUCCACCAUCGUUUCCGCUUGUCUUUACAAGCGUGAGGAUCCGACUCUGCCGCCCUACACUUAUUCCGGCGAAACUGGCCCUCUCCUCUGGCACAGCCUGACUGCUGACGGCAAGAGCUUUCCAUACGAGAAAUGUGCGACUGGAAAGCAACAGUCACCGAUCGACAUCACCGACGAAGUUCCUCUUGCAGUGAAUACCACAACUACUUUCCCGUUCUCUGGGGAGUUUUCUAUUGAGGAUGACGGCCACAGCAUUGUGGUCACCCCUCUGAAGCCAGAUGGCUACAAGUCCAUACUCGGAGGCGAGGUCUAUAAAUUGAGUCAAUUUCAUUUCCAUCUCUCCAGCGAACAUCGUCUACGCCACGAGAGUUUCCCCCUGGAGGUCCACUUCGUGCACACCAAGCUUGACGGUAUGCUCUGUUUUUCUCUCUAAACCCUUCACCCGGAGUAAUGGCUGAUUUAGGGUUACAGAUGAGAAUAAGCUCGCUGUCGUUGGUAUCUUUUUCGACUUGGUGGAUACCGGUUCUGGGGAUGCGCUCCUCCAGUCGAUCUACCCAAAGCUUGACGGUCUCCAGAAGCCUAAGCACAGCAGGAGGGGGGAGCAGGAGAAGCACGGAGAUUCUUUCGAAGUCCAGAUGCAGUUAGCACCCCCAAAAAUGCAAGCUCCAUGAGGGAAAGAAGCUAAUGCCGAGCGAACAGCUCCAUCAACAACAUUGUCGACAACUCUCACAUCCGUAGUUACCCGGGAUCUCUGACCACCCCCCCUUGCUCUGAGGGGGUCUCCUGGUACGUUGUUGAGGAACCCCUCGCUGUCACCGUCAAACAGUUCAACAAGAUGAAGAAGAUCAUGAAGUUCAACUCGCGCAUCACACAAAACGACUACAGCAGCCCACCUAAGGAGAACCUCCUCGCGCUCGGGAAAACCUCAUAGAACUGUCGCAUCUGUUUGUCUCGGAGCUGGAGGAGAGAAGAAUUAUAGAUAUGCCGGGUGGGGGGGGUAUUGGGUAAUAUGUAACUAAUAGAGUCAUUGUGUACCGGCCGUGGCGGCGCGAAUAAAUUGUUGUAACUUUUUAAUUUUCCCUUGCUUUCUCCCCCCUCUUUUCCUUUUCCUUCCUCUUCUUUAGCCCGUCUCCCACUUGCAAACUUCCAUUCGCUCAUUACCCCAUCCUCAAAUUCUACCAAAAACUAGGACUCGAGAAUCAAACCGGAUUAACCACAAAAGGCAAACGUCCCUGCAGGCCCAUCCAUUAAUAUGUCCCAAACCCUGACCCCAGUUAACCAGUCUAUCUCCAGGUAGCAAGCAUCAUAGAAAGAAGUGACCAGAAACGUGUGUUAAACAUCGAAUCCGGAAUAGUCACUCAGGUACGCACAGAUUACACAUCAUUGUAGCCCACGCAUUAGUCCAAUCCCACGUAUUGAGGACCCAUGCCU